GAAAACAUCUGACUCAGUCUGGUGACACCAUUUGAAUUAGUUAACGUGAAGUAAAAACCAUUUUAAACAGCUGUAUAAAAAAGAGAAGAAAUGAGGACUGUGUUUGAUACUCUGGGAUUAGACUGGAUAGAUGGCAGAAGCAUUGCAAUAAUUUUAUUCAUUUUCCUGCUUGUGAGCACUUUUUUGAAGAAUCGAGCUCCAAGAAACUUUCCUCCAGGACCGUGGGCUCUUCCUGUCAUCGGUGACCUUCAUCGAAUCCAACCUUCCAGACUCCACCUGCAGUUUUCUGAGUUUGCAGAGAUAUAUGGGAAGGUUUUCAGCCUUCGCCUCUUUGGAGGUAGGACGGUGAUUAUUAUUGGCUACAAGCAUGUGAAGGAGGCGCUUGUCCAAAAAGGAGAAGACUACGCAGACCGGCCAAUCUUGCCAACGUUUCAGAAAGUAUAUAAUAAUACAGGUAUUGUAACAUCAAAUGGUUAUCUAUGGAGGCAGCAGAGAAAAUUUGCUCUUCAAACUCUGAGAAAUCUUGGUCUGGGAAAAAAGGAUUUGGAGCUUUCUAUCCAGCAGGAGUGCCAGUAUCUCACUGAAGCUUUUGCAGAUCAUAAAGGUCAACCGUUUAAUGCCCUGACACAGAUAAAUUACUCUGUGUCCAACAUUAUAAGCUGUUUAUUUUUUGGAAAACGAUUUGAGUACACUGACAAAAAGUAUCAAGCUGUUCUCCAGGCCCUAAGUGAUAUUUUGUACUUAGAAGGCAGUAUAUGGGCACAGAUUUACAGCGCAGUUCCUUGGCUGAUGAACUGGUUGCCUGGACCUCAUCAAAAGCUUUUCUAUAAAAGACAGAAAAUUAUUGACUUUAUUGAAAUUAGAAUUAAAGAGCACAAGGAGAACUUUGACUCUUCAUCACCAAAAGACUACAUCAACUACUUCCUUGUAGAAAUGGAAAAGAGUGAAGACAAAGAGUCCAGUUUUUUUCUCAAGAAUUUGACUUUCUGCAUCCUGGAUGUGUUUGGUGCUGGAACUGAACCUAACACCACUACUUUACUCUGGGGUUUAUUAUACAUGAUACUCUACCCUCAUAUACAAGAGCAGGUCCAGGCUGAGAUUGAUGCUGUGAUUGGUUCAUCCAGACAUCCUUCUCUGGAUGACAGAGAAAACAUGCCAUACACUGAUGCAGUCAUCCAUGAGACACAAAGAAUGGGAAAUGUUGUCCCUCUCAACGUGCCACACAUGACGAACAAAGACACUACCCUGGAUAAAUACACAAUUCCAAAGGGCACGAUGGUCAUCCCUGUGCUGCACUCAGUCCUGCACGAUGAGUCCAUCUGGGAAACUCCACACUCCUUUAACCCUCAACACUUUCUGGACCCGGAUGGUAAAUUUAGGAGGAGAGAGGCAUUUCUUCCUUUUUCUGCUGGUAAACGUGUGUGUCUUGGAGAACAGCUGGCCAAAAUGGAGUUGUUCCUGUUUUUCUCCUCCCUCCUUCAGAGGUUCAAGUUCUCAGCUCCUGCAGGAGAGCAGCCCAGUCUGGACUUUGAAAUGGGAGCCACUUGUUGUCCCAAACCUUACCGCCUUUGUGCCGUACCGCGCUAAACCACUGAUCAUCUCAUCCUGCUGUUUUUCAAUACAUUUGUUUAAAAAAAAAAUGAUCUGAAUGCAGUCCUGUGGGAAAUAAACUCCAUCUGCUUUUA